UGUUGUAGUGAUCUUAAUAGAAUUUUGGUGAUACUGUCUUUUGAUAUUAGAGUUCACUCAGUAAGGGAAAAUAAUUUUCGUUCUAGAGCGACUACACGACUUUGUCUCACUACCAAUUUUUUUUUAGAAACUCAUCUUUAAAAUAGAAGGGUCAAUAAAGGUUGCAACUAAAUCAGAUCUAUAAUGUCAAGAAGAUAUAUUCCUAAUAUAAUAAUAACUGGAACACCAGGUUGUGGUAAGACUUCACAUGCUGAAAGUUUAUUGGCUCAGUUAAAUGAAGAAAUAACGAAUAAAAAAUCAAAAUUUCAGCAUCUCUCAAUUUCAGAUAUUGCAAAAGAACGUGAUUGCAUUGAUAGUUAUGAUGAAGUAUUAGAUACUUCAGUAGUUGAUGAAGAUAAGUUAUUAGAUUCUUUAGAAGUAGAUUUAGAAAAGGGUGGUAUAAUAGUCGACUGGCAUUGUUGUGAAAUUUUCCCAGAAAGAUUGAUUGAUUUAGUUGUUGUAUUAAGAACUGAUAAUCGUUUAUUAUUUGAUAGAUUAAAGAAGAGAGGUUAUAAAGAUAAUAAAAUUCAAGAAAAUCUUGAUUGUGAAAUCAUGGAAGUGAUUGCUGAUGAAGCAAGAAACUCAUAUGUUCCAGAAAUAGUUAUUGAACUUAAUUCCAAUUCAGUGGAAGAAAUGGAAGAUAAUGUUAGUAGAAUAUUUGCUUGGACUGCUACUUGGUUGAACGAUCAUCCACAAGGUGUCACUAAUGAGUUAGAUCCGGAAUUAGCUGCAGCUGCAAGAGAACAAGCUGGAGGUGAUGAAGAAGAUGAUGAUGACGUAGAAGAAGAAGAUGAAGACUAAGCAUUACAUACGUUAAAUAAAAAGUUUAAAAUUAGAUUAUUUGUAUA